AUGUAAUUUAAAUAAAAGGACCCAUAUAAUUUAAGCAAUUUAUUAGAAUUUUAGUAUCCAGAUAUAUUUCAAAAAGCCAUGACCUUUAAAUAAUAUUAUUAAGAAUAUACAUCUAGAAAUAAAGAUAAUCCAUUAAAAUUUGGUACCAAUGAAAACUUUAUUGAAUUGGGUUCUGAUCUCAUUGAUUUUUAUUAUACUGAUUUCUUUGUAUCUCAAGAGUAACUCAUAUAGAUGGAUUUUAUAGACUUCCUAAUAAAGAUCAUAAGACAUUUAAAACUUUUGCUGAUAUUCGUAGAUAAAAAUAAACUGUCUUAUCUGAAAAGAAUCUAGCGGAGAUUGCUCAGUAAUUGGGAUUGAAAGAUAAAAUGUUUGUUUCAACUAAUACUAAUAAUGAAAUAAAGUAAAUUUAGCAAUUAAGUAAAUUAGAAACAAUCAAAAAAUAUAGACUCAAGCACUAAAAGCAGUUAUAGGAGGACAUUAUUUUGAUAAAUAAAAAGAUUUAAAUCUUUUAAGAAAUCUAAUGAUGAUUCUCUAUCAAAAUUUAAUCAAAAAGUCUCUUGUAUUAUAAUGAUUUAUUUUGUAGGAUGAAUCUAUGUGUUUACCAAAGUCUGAAAAUUUUAAAGGAGAUUUUAAAGAGUAUAUGGAUAAACACCCAGAAUUUUCAUAUAAAUUAAAUUAUUUAGAAUAUAAAAGUAAAUUUGAUUAAAAUCAAACGAUUUAUGAAUAUGAACUUGUGAUUAAUGAUGUUUUACCAAUUAAAAGAGAUGGAGAAUAAAAAAGGAUUGUUGAAAGAUAAGUUUUUAAAGAUGCCAUGUAACUUUUAAAGUCUGAUUAAUUUCAAUAAUUAUUAGAUGAUAGCAUAAGAAGUUAAUUAGAUUAAACUAUAGAUAAGUCUUGCUAUAAUUUUUAAGAAUCAGAAUUAAAUUAAUAGAAGUUUUCAAGUGAAAUUCAUAAAAUAUUAUAAUUUGAAGUGCAAUAAGGGAAGCUAGAAUAGGGUCUUGAAAAAUAAGAUUUUGGAAACUUAAUUGAUAGCUUCUUAUAAAAAUAUUGAAUAAGGAGAAAAGGA